AUGUCUGCCUCGAGAAUGCAGCAUUAUGCUGCAUUUCUUCAGUCAUUCUAUUACGAAAUCAGGUUCAGGCCUACCGGACAACACUACAAUGCCGAUACUUUCUCGCAUCUACCGCUAAAGGAGAAAACUCUGGAGUAUGUCAUCGAACAGACGGACUACUUGGAAAUCAACAUGAUCGAGACAGUGCCACUGACCAUAGAGGAGCUCGCUAAAGCUUCUGCUAAGGACCAGUCUGUGAAGUGCUCGCCGAACUACACUCUACACACUUCGGCACAAAUCGAGAUCGUGCGCAACGGCAACUACUGUCAGUCCACCAGGGCUGAACCCACCAGAGCGCCGACGCACUGCUGGGAAACACCAACUGCGCCAUUCGAACGAGUUCACGUCGAUUUUGCUGGUCCGUUCAUGAACACAUACUUUAAUGUGCUCGUGGACACCUACACGAAGUGGCCUGAGGUGCGUAUACUGAAUAACAUUACCAUUGCUACCACCAUCCAAAUCUGUCGUGAAAACUUCGCAUCGUUCGGAAUUCCAUCCGCCCUGAUGGGUGCACCGUAUCACCCUGCGACGAACGGUCAAGUUGAAAGAUUCAUUCAGACAUUCAAAGCGAAAUUGAAGAGUUUGCAGUGUGACAGAUCAUCGAUACAUGCUGAGUUGUGCAAGAUUUUGUUGGCCCACCAAAAGACGAUACACCCAGCAAUUGGUAAAUCGCCUUCGAUGAUGCUGUUCAACCGACAGAUACGAUUUCGUUUGGAUUUGCUGAUUCCAAAUUCAGCAACCGAGGUCAAGAAGAUCGAUGGCAAGGUGCGCGACAUCGCUGAGGGGGCGAGAGUUGCGGCCAGAGAUUACCCAACAAGGAGAAAUGGAAAUACGGUGUGGUUUCUUAAAAACUCGGAACGCUGCACUAAAGGGUGA